CGGGAGGCGGGAGCAUGUCCAAGCCGGUGGACCACGUCAAGCGGCCCAUGAACGCCUUCAUGGUGUGGUCGCGGGCGCAGCGGCGCAAGAUGGCCCAGGAGAACCCCAAGAUGCACAACUCGGAGAUCAGCAAGCGCCUGGGCGCCGAGUGGAAGCUGCUCACCGAGUCGGAGAAGCGGCCGUUCAUCGACGAGGCGAAGCGCCUGCGCGCCAUGCACAUGAAGGAGCACCCCGACUACAAGUACCGGCCGCGCCGCAAGCCCAAGACGCUGCUCAAGAAGGACAAGUUCGCCUUCCCGGUGCCCUACGGCCUGGGCGGCGUGGCCGACUCCGAGCACCCCGCGCUCAAGGCGGGCGCGGGGCUGCACGCGGGCGCGGGCGGCGCGGCUGCAGCGGCUGCCGCGGCCGCCGGGGGGCACACGCACUCGCACCCCAGCCCGGGCAACCCGGGCUACAUGAUCCCGUGCAACUGCAGCGCGUGGCCCAGCCCGGGGCUGCAGCCGCCGCUCGCCUACAUCUUGCUGCCGGGCAUGGGCAAGCCUCAGCUGGACCCCUACCCCGCGGCCUACGCCGCCGCGCUAUGACCCCGCGGGGACCCUGCGCACGCGUGUACAUAUGUAUAGGUACGAGUUCCGCGGCCUCCCGGGGCGCCUCCGCGAAGGGCUCCGGGGACGGAUGUACAUAGGUGUACAGCUGCCGGCAGCGAUGCCAGGCGGGGCGCGAGUGGCCGAGCGCGAGUGCGCGGGCGCGCGUGUGUGUGAACCCACAGAGCGGCUCCCACCCGCGCCUCGGCAACCCGCGUUCCAGAGGGCGGUCGCGUCUGUCCCGCAGCAGGGAGUGUUUGCUUUGCACUUCGAAACCUGUUGCGUUUUGCCCCACCGAGGUGGAGGAGUCACUUUUUGACACUUUGGGUUUUUCAGUUUUGUUCUUUGGAAGUGUAUGAUUUUUGCUUUUGUUUCUCAUGACCUUUUCCUCCUCCCGGUCUACGUUGCAUGCUGUCUGUUCAAAUGCCAGUCGGACCUGGCUGGCACAUGGGCAGUGCUGAUGAGCUGUGUCAUGAAUUUCCCCGAGCGGGGAUGGCACCGAGCAGCCUGGCUGUCGUUUGUACCAUUUGAACUUCGCAGGGCUCUGUUCUCUCAUGCAGAACCCCCAGACCUGAAACAUUCUUGACCAGUGGCCGGCUCCAAUCUGGCCUUUUGUAUGUGAGAUGAUCACGGUUUCUUUUGUUUAUCAGACCGUAUGCAAAUCAGAGCGAGAGCUCGCUCCUAAGUGUGAGAAAUGCGGACCAGAAAUAUGCGAAAUAUGAGAGGAAAGUUGCCAGUUAGAUUUUCUCUCUGGCUCAGAAAAGAAAUCUAGGAAUCUGAGUCCGCUGGCGUGGAUUUUUGACACAGUUUACAAAAAGGAGAAAAGGCGCUGUUCCAGUUCCCCUGUUGUGGCUGAGCUCACCUGAAGAUUGUAAAUGUGGAUCUGGCAUCGAGAAUGUCGGGUCUGAGGAGAGGGGUUCCUUUCGCUGCUUUGAUUUUGAGUCAGUUUUAGACUCAAACACCUUUUGGACAAAUGUCAAACGUUAACUUUUAAAAAUUGCGGAAACUAUUUCGGAAGCGCAAUUUUAUCUAAACUUAAAUCAGACUUUUUGUCUGAGUGGUAAUUAUAUAUUUAUUAUUUAGCAAAACUGAAAAAAAAAAGCGCACAGGAUUGUUUUGACAGAUGCCUCCCUUUUGCAGCUAGCAUUUCUCUCCCAACUUGAACCAUUUUAAUGUGUUUUGGAGACCCCUCCUGGAUUAGGUUAUUUUUUAGAUCACCUGCAGUUCAUUUGCAAAUAAUGAUAAAGCACAUUUUAGGGAAAAAAGAACCUUCCUCAAUUAUAGCUUUUUUGGUUUCUUUUUAAAUGUAUAUAUUUUGACUGAUGUUUGUGAAUGAAGUUGGCUAACAUGUAUUUAGUUUCAUUUUGGCUUUAUGUAAUAUAAAGUUUUAAAAAGUUUAAAUAUUGGUUUUAACCUUUAUGUGUAAAUGGUUUUCUUGUGUGAUCUUCUAAUUUAAUAUUAGAUGCGUCUAAGCUAUAUCUGUAAAUUAGAAUCCAACUAUCACUCUGUUCAUUUUUUCUGAACAAAGAGUUUAAAUAAAGCCUGAACCAGGGAAAAGAGAAAA